GUUUUGUGGACUUCUGCGCCUGGAUCGCGAUGUUUGAACGCGACGGAAGAGCCGCGACGCGUCUGGAGAACACGCGCUCUUUCGUGACGCGCGCGCUUCCCGUUCUCCUGUGCGUGUUCACACUCAUCAGAAGUGGGGCGUGUGCAGACUCAGAGGAGCGUCUGAUGAACUGGCUGCUGGGUAAAGAGCGCUACAACAAGCUGAUCCGGCCGGCGCUGAACCGCAGCGAGCGAGUGACGGUGGUCCUGCAGGUGUCCCUGGCGCAGCUCAUCAGUGUGAAUGAAAGAGAGCAGAUCAUGACGACCAACGUCUGGCUCACUCAGAACUGGAAUGAUUAUCGUCUGUCGUGGGACCCGGCUGAGUACGAGGGAAUCGACAAGCUCCGGAUCCCGUCCAGACACAUCUGGCUCCCGGAUAUAGUGCUGUACAACAAUGCUGACGGCACGUACGAGGUGACGGUCUUCACCAACGCAAUCGUCCUGUUUAACGGCAGCAUCGCAUGGCUUCCCCCCGCCAUAUACAAGAGCGCCUGUAAGAUCGAGGUCAAGCACUUCCCCUUCGACCAGCAGAACUGCACUCUGAAGUUCCGGUCCUGGACGUACGAUCACACCGAGAUCGACCUGGUCCUGAAGACCGCGGUGGCCAGUAUGGACGACUUCACUCCCAGUGGAGAGUGGGAUAUUCUGGCUCUGCCGGGCCGGAGGACGGUCAGCGAUCUGGACCCGACCUACGUGGACCUGACCUACGACUUCAUCAUCCGGCGCAAGCCUCUGUUCUACACCAUCAACCUGAUCAUCCCGUGCGUGCUCAUCACGUCGCUGGCCAUCCUGGUGUUCUACCUGCCGUCGGACUGCGGAGAGAAGAUGACGCUGUGCAUCUCCGUCCUGCUGGCGCUCACCGUAUUCCUCCUGCUGAUCUCCAAGAUCGUGCCGCCCACUUCUCUGGACGUCCCUCUGAUCGGGAAGUACCUGAUGUUCACGAUGGUGCUGGUCACGUUCUCCAUCAUCACGAGUGUGUGUGUGUUGAACGUGCACCAUCGUUCCCCGAGCACACACAGCAUGCCGGCGUGGGUCAAGCUGGUGUUCCUGGUCCGGCUCCCAGCGCUGCUCUUCAUGCAGAGACCCCGAGGGACCGCCACCCGUGGGAGCCGGCGUCUGCCCGACCACAUCCCGGGCAGGACUCUGUUGGGUCUCGGAUACGCAGCUCCUGGUAAAUCCGGCAUGUCCUCGUCUGCGUCUGCGCUGCUGGCUUCGACUCUCUCGUCACCGGGACACUUUUACAACAAGGGCCCUCAAACACACUACAGAGGAGACCCGCGGGCCUGGGGACAACAGAACUGCUCACAGGACCUGAGGGGGAACAGGCCGGACUGGGGAUCUGAGCUUCAGGAGGCUGUCGAUGGCGUUCGUUACGUGGCCGAUCACAUGAUGGGAAAUGAUGAUGAUCAAAGCGUCAUCGAGGACUGGAAGUAUGUGGCCAUGGUGGUGGACCGCUUGUUCCUGUGGAUCUUCGUGAUCGUGUGUGUGGUGGGAACUCUGGGUCUGUUCCUCCAGCCGCUCUUCCAGAACCAGGGCGUCCCCCACCAGGAGAACCCCAAACGGGACGGCGUGUGAGGAACGCUCUCUGUGACCGGGGCGUUAUUCUGCGAGGAACUGAUUUCCACUGUAGUAAUCAGUAGAUCAGGAGCCGUCGGACCCAGAGGACGCUCGGAUACUAGUGGAACUGCAGAAAUGAUGAUUGUUUUCUUACAGGUUUCACUCCCCUUGUCUGCCAUUGGUCAGAUAAAGCAGUUAACCCCACCCACCUCCUCACGCUAUUGGUUGAGCCGUUGUUAGUCACUUUUUUUUUCAUUUUUCAAGGAAAUAAACCUACAAAUGACCCAUUUAGUCCAUGCAUACUAAGCUGGGAUAAUAUUACUUUAAUGUGAAAAUAAAUUACACACUUUUAAUUAUCCUAAAUGUGUUUACACUGAAAAAAAAUGUGUGUUUGUUUUUACUUUGAACUUGCUUAUUCAUUUCACAAAUAAUUACAAAGAAAUGGUUGCAAGUAAGAUGUUGAAUUAAAUUGACUUUUUUAAAGUAGACUGACAUCUUAUUUUCCAAUAGUCUUAAUAGUCUUUAAUUUACAAUUUUGAAAAAUCAUUUUACAGUGUUUACAACUUGUAUCUUCUGUUCCAUUAGAGCUGCGUUAGGCUUGAAAUUAAUUGUAGAAGUAACAAAACACCAGAAUCUCAUCAAUAACACCAUGUAUUCACUGGGUUUGUGAGACAAGAGGUGUGGUAUUAAAUAACCACACACACACACACACACUCUCUCUCUUUCUAGGAUGUCUUUUUGUUUUCCGAGGUGAGACAAUGUUUUGUUUUCUACAAAGUUUUCAUUUAAUACCACAUUUUGUCCUAUGGACCGAGUUAUUCUUUAUGUAUUGUGAUGUGAAGGAUGUGCACUGAUUUUUGUUGUGUCCAUAAUGCAUGCUGUUAUUGAUAAGACUUGUGUGUUUUGUCAGAUUUAUUUGUGGAAGGUAAAUUGUCCAAUCCGUUAUAAACUUUAAAGAAACCUGUGGAUAACAUUCACAGAAAGAGUCGCAUCUGAUAAGUGUUCUUUAGAGAAAAGCAAGAUUGUCCAUGUCCAUUGUGGGAAAGUCUUAUUUAAAUAAAACUAAAAUCGUAUAUAUGUGUGUGUGUG